GUAUUAAGCCGGGCUUCCCAACAUAGAAUCGUCCCACUUCAGACACACACACGAGAGAGAGAGAGAGAGAGAGAGUCUGCAGACUGCGGAGCAAUACAGCAAAUAGGACUUCCCCAAGUUCAGCAACUCCAACCCAGUCUAUUCCUGUCUCUCAGCUCCAACCUCCGACUGCAGGAAUUCCCUAUCUGCACAGAUUCAUUCAUGCACUUGUGAGUCCAGCGAGCGAAUAUGAAGAGUAGGCUAUGCCUAGCAGUUGCUGCUGUCUUCGCAGCUGUAUUUGCUGCCUCAGUGGAAGCUCAAGUGGAGCCUCCUUCACAGCUGAAGUUUAAAAUUUUAACUGAAAGUAGUGUUCAAAUGACGUGGAAACGAUCGCCCAGCAGAAUAAAAGGCUACAGAUUAACGUUAGCACCCACGACAGCUGGACCAGCAAGGGAAAUUAUAUUGUCCCAGCGUGAUGGCAAAACCACGUUAACAGACCUAGUUCCUGAUGUGGAAUAUGUGGUGACGUUAAUUGCCUUUGACCAGUCGUCAGAAAGUGUACCAGUCUAUGGACAACUCACAAUUCAGUCAGGUCGCAUACCGACUAAACGACCAAAGAAAAUAGAAGAUCUUUCUCAAAGGUGCUCAGCCUCUGCUGUUGCUGAUUUGGUUUUUCUGGUUGAUGGAUCAUGGAGCGUGGGGAGGGCAAAUUUCAAGAAAAUCAGAGAAUUCAUCUACUCUCUUGUUUCUGCAUUUGACAUUGGAGAAGAUCAGACCAGAGUUGGAAUUGUGCAGUACAGUUCAGAUACAAGGACAGAGUUCGACUUAAACAGUUACAGCCGGAAGCCAGAGCUACUGAAUGCAAUUACUAAUCUCCCUUACAAAGGAGGAAAUACUAUGACUGGUGAAGCCAUUAAUUACUUGGUACAGAACACCUUUAGCGAAACUGCUGGAGCAAGAAAAUCCUAUCCCAAAAUAGCAGUCAUCAUCACAGAUGGCAAGUCCCAGGACCCUGUGACAGAAAGCGCUGAAGCUCUACGCAAUAUCGGGGUUGAAAUAUUUACAUUGGGUAUAAAAGGAGCAGAUUUGGAAGAAUUGGAACUCAUCGGCUCCCGUCCCUUAAACAAACAUGUUUUCAAGGUGGCGGACUUUGACAAGAUUCAGGACGUCCAAAAUGAAAUAAUUAACCUGGUGUGUUCUGGCAUUGAGGAACAACUCAGUGAUAUCGUGAGUGGGGAGGAAGUGGUCGAAGCACCUUCCAAUUUGCAAGUCUUGGAGAGUGCGUCAAAAUUCUUGAAGAUUACCUGGGAUUCAUCACCUGGUCAGAUCACUGGCUAUAGAAUCCACCUCAUUCCCAUGGUGACAGGCGUCCAGGAGCAAAGCAUCAACGUUGAUUCCGACACCAGGACUGCAGUAGUCAAAGACCUCACUCCUGAAACCGAGUACCAGAUUAAUCUGUAUGCCAUGAGAGGGCUGGCAUCCAGUGAGCCUGUUACAAUAAUGGAAAAGACAAAGCAUGUUGAGGUGUCAGUUGAAUGUACCUUGGAUGCCAACACACAAGCUGACGUUGUCCUAUUGGUGGAUGGCUCCUAUAGCAUUGGCCUGAGCAACUUUGCCAAAGUCAGGGACUUCCUGGAAACCUUGGUCAAGACGUUUCAGGUUGGUCCCAACAGCAUCCAGAUUGGUCUCGUUCAGUACAGCCGGGAUCCCUAUACGGAGUUUACUCUCAUGAAACACUCGACGCUGGAGGAUGUGGUGCGGGCUGUGCGCACUUUCCCCUACAGGGGUGGCUCCACCAACACUGGCAGGGCCAUGACUUAUGUGAGGGAGAAGAUCUUUGUCCCAGAGAGGGGGGCCAGGCUCAAUGUGCCACAUGUGAUGGUGCUGAUCACGGACGGCAAAUCCUCUGAUGCCUUCAAGGCCCCCGCCUUGAAGCUGCGAGACGCAGGUGUGGAGAUCUUUGCAGUGGGAGUCAAAGAUGCAGUGUUUACUGAGCUGGUGGCCAUUGCCUCGCCUCCCGAAAACAAUCACGUGUACCAGGUGGAUGACUUUGACUCCUUCCAACGAGUGUCAGCGAAGCUCAAACAGACCUUGUGCCUCAGGAUUGAGGAGGAGGUGAAAGCCAUCAGAGCGCGAGCCUUCACAUCGGCCGCAGAUCUGAGGACCUCUGAGGAAACCUCACAUAGCUUCCGAGUGAGCUGGACAGGAGCUGGCCCAGAUGUCCUGGCGUACUUGUUGAGGUAUAAGGUGGCAGUGGGCGGUGACUUCAUUUCCAUCCAAGUGCCUGCAGACCAAACAACCAGAGUCCUGACUGAACUUCUGCCUGAAACUACCUACUUGGUCAAUGUGAUAUCAGAAUAUGCUGACGGCAACAGCCUUCCUCUAGAAGGAGAGGCUACCACCCUUGAAGAGUUCGGAUCACCGAGUAACUUGGAGGUAUUUGAUGAAACCGCGGAUAGUUUCAAGGUCAGCUGGACAGCUGCUCCAGGGAGUGUUCUUCGAUACAGACUAGAGUACAGCCCAGUCAUUGGCGGGGAGAGAAAGGAAUUGACUGUUGGAGGGCUGGAGACAAGGACAACCCUAGGCAAUCUGCUCCCUGACACAAAGUAUUUGGUGAAGAUUGUACCCGAGUAUCGAACUCUUGUUGGUCACCCGCUCACUGGGCAAGGCACCACUAAAGAAGUGCGUGGUUCUCCUGGUAACCUUGUGACAGGAAAUGUCACGUCAACCACAGUCGACGCUUCAUGGACCUCAGCUCCAGGCAAUGUGUACAAUUAUCGUAUCACCUGGAAAUCUCUCUAUGAUGAUGAUAGUGGAGAAAAGCAGGUCCCUGGGUACAGAACAGAAACAACAUUGGAGAAUCUGCAACCAGAAACCAAAUACCAGAUCAUGGUCUAUGCUUCAUAUGGCAGUGGGGAAGGAGAUCCCCUUGAGGGAAAGGAAACUACAGAUGCUACACCAGAGGCCAAGAAAGUGAUCAUAUCAGACGAAACGGUCAGCACACUCCGUGUGAAAUGGCAUCCCGCUCCAGGAAGUGUGGUGACCUACAGACUCUCUUACCGGCCUGCCACUGGAGGCAGGGCCAUUGCCACCAAGGUUCCCUCUCACCUGACCAGCACUGUCCUAAGGCGACUUAGUCCCCAAACAACAUACAAUGUCUCUGUGAUCCCUAUGUACAGAAAAGGAGAAGGAAAGUUACGAUCGGGACAAGGAACAACAGCCUCACCAUACAAACCUCCCCAAAACUUACAAACCUCUGAACCUGCACGAUCUAGCUUCAGAGUGACAUGGGAACCAUCCCCAGGGGAGGUCACAGGAUAUAAAGUCAUCUACCACCCAAGGGGAAGUGAAGAACAACUGGGUGAAAUGGUGUUGGGACCAUAUGAUACAACCGUGGUACUGGAAGAGCUGAGAGCUGGCACAACCUACAAAGUGGCAGUUUCCGGAAUGUUUGAAGGUGGAGAAAGUUUGCCGCUUUUCGGGGAAGAGCAGACAACCCUUUCUGAUGCGCCAUUUGAGGUGCCUCUGGCACCAUCAGGGCUGCAAUGUACCACCAAGGCAGCUGCUGAUAUCGUGCUGCUUGUGGAUGGAUCAUGGAGUAUUGGGCGACUUAACUUCCGCCAGAUCAGAAGCUUCAUUGCCAAGCUGGUUCAAGUCUUCGAUAUCGGUCCAAGAAGAGUACAGUUUGGUCUGGCCCAGUACAGCGGAGAUCCAAGGACUGAGUGGAACCUGAACCAGUACAAGGACAAGAAAAGUUUACUGGAUGCUGUAGCUGCUUUACCUUACAAAGGCGGCAACACCCUAACAGGCAUGGCUCUCAGCUACAUAUUGCAAAACAAUUUCAAGCCUGAUGCAGGUGCUCGGCCGAAUGCACGCAAGAUUGGUGUCCUCAUCACCGAUGGCAAGUCACAAGAUGAUGUUGGCAUUCCCUCAGAGACUCUGAAAAACAUCGGGGUGGAGCUCUAUGCUGUUGGUAUUAAGAAUGCUGAUGAAGCUGAAUUGAAAAUGAUUGCGACUUAUCCAGAUAGCAGCCAUAUGUACAAUGUGGCUGAUUUUGCCCUGCUUACUGAAAUUGUUGAUGACCUCACCACGAACCUCUGUAACAGUGUGAAGGGACAAGGUGACUUGAAUCCUCCAAUAAACCUGGUUACCUCUGAGCCAACUCAUCGCUCCUUCCGAGUAACAUGGGAGCACUCCGAUUCAAAUUUUGAUAGGUAUAGGGUGGAAUACCACCCCGUGAGUGAAGGGAGAACUGAAGAGGUGCUGGUGAGUGGAAGAACCAAGACCACAGUACUGACAAACCUGCAGCCCAACACAGAGUAUGUUGUUAAUGUGUACGGAUUGCUGGAAGGAGAAGUCAGUGAACCUCUUACAGGAGCAGAGACCACAUUGCCUAUUCCUGGUGUGAGAAACCUAUAUAUCUACGAUGUUACUCCAACCACGAUGAAUGUCCGAUGGGAGCCAGCUAAGGGGGCUUCAGGCUAUAUGCUGCUCUACGCACCAAUUAAUGCCAGCAUACCAACUGUAGAGAAAGAGUUGAAAGUUGGCCCUGAUGACACUGAUCUGAAGCUGGAGAAUUUAUUUCCCAACACUGAGUAUACUCUUGCAAUCCACGCCCUGUACGGUGAUGUUCCCAGUGAUCCCCUGAGUGUGCAAGAUACUACUCGGCCACUGAAUGAUCAAAGGAGCAUCUGGUUUUCCGAUAUCACUCACAGUAAUUUAAGGACCCAUUGGGAUCCUGCACCAGGCAGGGUCCUUAAAUAUUUGGUUAAAUACAAUGAAGUGGGAGAUCAGAACGCCAAGGAGUUGGAAGUUCCAGCCAGUGAUACCUCUGUGCCACUAACACAACUUACAUCUCAAACGGACUAUGACGUUUCAAUUACUGCAGUGUACGACUAUGGCCCCACAGAUCCCUUGAUUGGACGAGUAAACACCUUGGUUGUCCCAGCACCAACAAACCUACAUUUCACAGACAUCCAGGAGAACCACUUCCGGGUCCACUGGGAUCACGGAGCGCAGGAUGUGGCGCUCUACAGACUGACUUGGGUUCCAUCUGGGACAGGCGACAGCAAAGAGAUAAUUAUUAAUGGUGAUGCGAGCACCCAGGUUUUAGACGACCUGAAUCCUGACACCUUAUACGACGUUUCCCUUACUGCCAUCUACCCAGACGAGAUGGAAAGUGAAGAUCUCUCCGCCCCCCAGCGCACAUUGGCAAAGCCGACUCCGACUAUCCCAGCAACUCCAACUCCUCCUCGUAACCUCCAAGUGUACAAUGCCACGUCGCACAGCCUCACUGUGAAGUGGGAUCCUGCCAUUGGUCGAGUUCGCAAUUAUAGGGUUAUCUACGCACCUAUGACUGGAGAUCCCACUGAACAAACGGUCACCGUGGGUGCCAGACAAAACAGUGUGGUGUUGCAGAAGUUGGAUCCAGACACCCCGUAUUCAAUCAAAGUCGUGUCCGUUUCCAGAGCUGGAGAUGGGGGACAGAUUAUCGGCAAUGGCAGAACAAAGCCGCUCGCUGCAGUUCGCAAUCUCAGAGUGUACAACCCGACAACCAGUUCGCUGAAUGUGAUGUGGGAUCCUGCUGAAGGCGUUGUUCGUCGUUACAAGAUUCACUAUGUUCCCACCACUGGGACUGGGAAUGAAGAAGUGGUCACAGUACCAGGAAAUACACACAUCACAGUCCUCAAAAACCUGAAUCCUGAUACACCUUACAAAGUUACAGUGGUUCCUGUCUAUAGUGAAGGCGAAGGUGCUCGUAGAUCCAAUACUGCAAGAACAUUAAUCCGAGGGGCACCUGGAAAUGUUCAAGUUUACAAUCCGUCGCCAAACAGUCUGAAUGUUCGCUGGACUAGUGCACCGGGGCCUGUGCAGCAGUACAGGGUGGUCUAUGCACCUCUGACUGGAAACCGACCCACUCAAUAUACGUUGGUGCCAGGAAAUGCCAACAAUGUGCUCCUGGAACGCCUGCAGCCAGACACAAAGUAUUCCGUCAGUGUGGUGGCGAUGUAUGCAGAUGGGGAAGGUGAUCAGCGCACCGCUGAUGGCCAAACAUUAACUCGUAGUGGACCAAGGAACAUGAGGGUAUACGAUGCGACAACCAACAGCUUGAGUGUGGGCUGGGACCAUGCUGAGGGUCCUGUACAGCAGUACAAGAUUAUAUAUGCUCCGACUGUUGGAGACCCAAUUGAGGAGUUUACGUUUGUUCCUGGAAGACGGAACAAUGUCAUUCUGCAACCCCUCACAGCCGACACUCCCUACAGGAUUAGUGUGGUGGCCAUGUAUGAGGAUGGAGAUGGAGGGCAGCUGACUGGAGAUGGGAAGACAGUGGGUCUGUUGGAACCUCGCAAUCUACGCGUCUCUGACGAGUGGUACACUCGAUUCCGUGUGACCUGGGAUCCCGCUCCAUCGCCUGUACUUGGAUACAAACUUGUCUACCAACCUUCAGGCACCAAUGAGAAAAUGGAGUUGUUCGUGGGGGAUGUGACAUCUUACACGCCGCAGAAUCUGAAGCCUGGCACACCGUACGACGUCAAUGUCUAUGCCAUCUACGAUUCAGGAAGCAGCGGGCCACUGGAAGGUCAAGGCACUACCCUAUACCUAAAUGUGACAGGACUACAGACAUACAAAGUCGGCUGGGACAACUUUUGCAUCCAGUGGAACUCUCACAGGGCAGCAACCUCCUACAGAAUAAAGCUGCAACCAGUUGAUGCUUAUAGCAGUGGGCAUCAGGAAGUUACCAUCAGCGGCGCUGAAACCAACCAUUGCUUCACUGGACUUUCCCCUGAUUCCCUAUAUGAUGCCACCAUAUACACUCAGCUCCCGAACCUUGAGGGACCUGGAAUGCAAUUGCAGCAACGUACAUUGGUUCGCCCAACAGAAGCUCCAACAGAGCCCCCAUCUCCUCCUCCACCACCAACUAUCCCUCCUGCCCGAGAAGUGUGCAUGGGUGCAAAGGCAGACCUGGUGUUUCUGGUUGAUGGUUCUUGGAGUAUCGGGGAUGAAAACUUCCACAAGGUUUUGCAAUUCUGUUUUGACACCAUCGGGGCUCUUGACAACAUCAGUCCAGAAGGAAUGCAGAUUUCUCUGGUUCAGUUCAGUGACGAUGCAAAAGCUGAGUUUAAGUUGAACACUUACAGUGAUAAAGGAACGGUCCUUGCUGCUCUUCAGCUCAUCCGUUACAAAGGCGGAAACACAAAAACAGGUCGAGCUCUUGAGUUUCUGCACAGCCAGGUCCUUAUUUAUCCAAAUGGCAUGAGGAGGACUGUUCCCAAAGUGCUUGUUGUUGUCACUGAUGGACGUUCGCAGGAUGAGGUUAAAAAACCUGCAAUUAAAUUACAAGAAGCUGGUUAUAGUGUGUUUGUCGUGGGGGUGGCUGACAUUGAUCUUAUUGAGCUGAAGAACAUUGGCAGCAAACCCAGCGAAAGGCAUCUCUUCAUUGUGGACGAUUUUGAUGCUUUCGAAAAGAUUCAGGAUGAACUCAUCACCUUCCUUUGUGAAACGGCUACUUCUACUUGCCCGUUGAUUUAUCUCAAUGGAUUUACUACGCCAGGUUACAGGAUGCUGGAGUCAUUCAAUCUGACAGAGAAGGAUGCUGCAUCUGUUGCAGGAGUUUCUACAGGACCAGGGUCUUUCAAUGGCUAUACAUCUUACAGCAUGCAUAAGGAUGCACAUCUCCUUCAACCUACCAUAGAAGUUCACCCUGAUGGCCUGCCAUCAACCUAUACCAUCAUGAUGCUCUUCCGCCUCCUUCCAACAACUACCUCUGAGGCUUUUGCCAUUUGGCAGAUCACGGACCAAGAUUACAAGCCAGAAGUUGGAGUACUUCUAGAUGGCAACAGUAAAACACUGUCAUACUUCAACAAGGAUGAGAGAGGAGAGUCUCAGACCAUCACGUUUGACAAUGAAGAUGUGAAGAAACUCUUUUAUGGAAAUUUCCACAAGGUUCAUAUUAUGGUAAACCAGAAUACUGUUAAACUGAUCAUAGACUGUCAAGAAGUUGAAGAGAAGAUGGCGAAUCCACCCGGUAACAUUACCACCGAUGGAUAUGAAAUUCUCGGAAAAUUGGUUAAAUCCAAAGGACCAAAGGGCAGAUCUGCUCCAUUUGAAAUCCAAAGCUUUGACAUCAUCUGCAGCCUGGGUUGGGUCUUAAGAGACAAAUGCUGCGACCUUCCUUCCAUGAGAGAUGAAGCAAAAUGUCCAGCUCUUCCACAUGCUUGCACAUGUGCUCAGGACAGCAUUGGGGCCCCAGGACCUCCUGGACCUUCUGGUCAAAGUGGUAGCAAAGGACCGAGAGGAGAGAGAGGUCAGCAUGGGCCACCUGGUGCACCAGGUCCACGUGGUGAGCUGGGACCUCCAGGUCCACAAGGCCCCCCUGGCCCUCAGGGUGCUAAUGGACUAUCGCUUCCUGGAGAACCAGGACGUCCUGGACUGAAAGGUGAUGCAGGGGAACCAGGAUUGUCAGGUCGACCAGGAUCAGCUGGUCGGGUAGGCCUACCAGGUACACCAGGAUCAGAGGGUCCAAGGGGCUUUCCAGGUAAUCAAGGACCCAAUGGACCUCCAGGACCACGGGGACCAAUUGGUGCAGCAGGUGUCUCUGGUCCUCCUGGUCAACCUGGGAGUCAAGGACAAAAAGGUGAAAUAGGAUCAGUGGGACAAAUCGGCCCAAAAGGAGAGAAAGGUGACCGGGGUGACUUCGCCCCCCAGAACAUGAUGAGAGCAAUUUCAAGACAAGUCUGUGAGCAGCUGAUGAACAAUCAUAUGAGGAGAGUGAACUCAUUGAUAAACCAGAUCCCCAACGGUUAUUACUCCAACCGGGCUGUGGCCGGACCACCUGGACCACCUGGAUCACCCGGUAGUAAUGGACAAGUAGGAGAAACGGGGCCUCCGGGUCCAUCAGGAUUCCCGGGAACACCUGGUGUUCAAGGCAGACCAGGUGAAAGAGGAAGCCCUGGAGAAAAAGGUGAACGAGGCAGUCCAGGUAUUGGGAAACCAGGACAGCGAGGUUUACCUGGACCCCCUGGCCCACAAGGACAAUCAAUAACUGGUCCAACAGGUCCUCCAGGUCCAAUGGGACCCCUCGGACCACCAGGUCGUCCAGGACGUUAUGGGUCCCGUGGUCCUGCUGGCCCUCCAGGUUACUGUGAUUCCUCAAUGUGUGCAGGCAUUCCUUACAAUGGAUAUCCAGGACGAUACGAGCCGCAACCUUACCGACCAGAAACCCAAGUUGUGCCCAUAGAAAGGGAAGAGGAAGAAGAGAUCGACCAAAUUGAAACUGAAAUUCAGUCGCCUGGAUUUAGCCGAGUCCAAUCAUGAGGAAUAUCCAUCAUUGUUCCAAAAAAAAGGCAGGGGGAGGGCGUGGAGAGGAGUCAUAUCAACUGACUUUCAACCUGUAUUUUGUUGCUACAUUCACGUCUGCAGAAGCCUCUGUGUUUUUGAUCACCUAAUUUGGCCCCAGUUGAGCAAUUAAACAGUAAACCUGCCAUGGUUCAACUUCUCAGUUUUGGCUUUGGCUCUGACUGCAGCCUGAUCCUCAAAGAGGAAAGAAUUCUUCUGGUUCUAGCCACAGCAUAAUCAUGCUCAUUUUUAAAAGGUACCUUCAACUUUGCUGUAUACAUAAUCAGCAGCACUUCCUUUUCCACAUCCCUGAAACAAUCAUAUCGCAUUAGAGAAUUGGAGUAGUAGGACCUCCAAUUGCGAUGCAUAAGAAUAUUGUACAGGGACACACAACGAUCACCACCCCUGCCGCCCCAGGCCUGUGCACAAUACAUUUACAUUUUUGCUAGAAAUACUAAGGAGUAUUAGUUUUCCUUAUCAUGACGUAGCCAUGAUGAUCAUGUUUGUUCUGGCCCUGCCCCUUCCCUGCUUAACAGUGUUUGAAAGCCAGGAUUCCUGCAUAAGUGACUGCUGCAAAAAAAACAUCCUUGUCACAAGCGUAACCCCUGUGUACUCUCGAUCUGUCACUUUCCUCCAUUGUGUAUAUGCUUUUACGUAGUAACUCGCCUAUUCUGUUGGUCUUAACCUGCAUAGAUUGGUUUUAACUGUGCCUCUGUUCACUUUAGUUACAAUGCAAUCAAAAAACACACAAAAAAAAUGUAUUUUUCUUUAUUAAAUGAUUUUUUAAAAAUAGAAACCCACCCCCUCCCCCCAAAAAAAAACAUUUUCCACAUCGAUCCACACCAUGGACAGUCUCCUGCCGCCUUCCAAUCGCGCCCAGUAUCCACCCAUUCACAAUGGUUACUCUGCAACUUUAUCCCAAUUUAACACUUCAAAUGCUAUUUAAAUAGCUAUAAUUAACAAACGACAAGCUUGUCUACUACAUUCCAAUUAUAUAGCGUAUCUGUAUUUUCAGUUAUAACCUUAUUAGGAAUAUGUUACUUUAUCUUACAAGUGUAUCAGCUGGUUAAAUCAAGAAUUAGAUGCAACACACUCUUAAAAAGGAUACUGCUUAAAAUACCUUGUACCUACCAGAUACAAUACUUAACACUGCUUAAACCUUUUUACAUUAAGACUUUAAUACUUUAAAAGUAAAUAUGCUGGUUCUCAGCAGAUCUGUUACAAAGGGUGGUGGAAAUGCAUGUCUGUGAUGUAUAUUUAGUAUGGAACUUUUACCAGAAUAUAGUGUUUUCAGAAACUAGAAUGAAGUUGGAAUCUGUUUGCAAGACUAUGGAUAUAGAAUUGCUGCUUCAUAUCUGUAACUGCAGAUUGUGAAUUUCACAGCCUAAAUUUCCUAUUUAUUUCUGAAAUGAAAGAGGCAUUUUUCAAUAAAACUACUGAAAUUAAA